CCUCCCCUCCCUCCCUCGUGUGGAGGGCGCUGUUGUUGUUGUUGACUAAGAGCAGAUUGGCCUCUCACUCUCCCAUGUUCUUUCCCAUGUCCCACCAGGAGCCAGACGUUUCUGCAGAUAACUACACUUUGGCCCGUUGUGUGGAGAUCAUGUGGCUCCAACACCCGCUUUCCCUGAUGGAGCCCAAGAACCUGUGCAAGAACCUCCAACGUGUCUUUAGCAAAAAUUUCCCCGAAAUUAAGCUCAAAGUGGACAGUGUCCUUGAGUUGCCAUCAGGAAACAGCCUGGCUCACCUGACCAGUAAACUAGCCGUGGAUCAUAUCCUGGAGAAGGCCGCGAAUUCGGUUUAUUCCAUUCAAGUCAAGUUCCGAAUGGGGGAACCGAAGCUUCUCGACGAAUCGAACGUCACCUUUCUCUCCUCGCUGGAUGAGAUUUGGGACGAGACGUCCGUGAUCAUUGACCUUGACAAGAUGCCAGAUACUCUGAGACCUCAGGCUAAAGAUCUGAUCAUGGCCAAGCACGUCCAAUUCGACGAGAAGCUGAAUAAAAUCUCUGCCACUGGAGCAUUCGAAGAGAUACAAGAACUCCGCUGGGAGCUUCAGGGCUUAUAUUCCGGGAACGUCAGCCAUCUAGAGCCAGUGAGUGUGCCGGCGGAUACAAAGGACAACAGCGUGUUUGAAAGAGAGAGCUUCAACGAGUUGGACAUUUCAUCCUCUUCCUUCCGCCAAGAAAAGGGGAUCAAAGUGAUCCAGAAGGAACUCCCAGUGGAUCAAAAGGACCUCAGGUUGGUUCUCCCACCUGGCAUUGAGGGGAGGCCAGAGGAACUGUCAAAGGAGGAGGAGCUUGUGGUUGAAGCAAAGAAAGUUGGGAUUGUCGAGGAGAUUUCCGCGGUUGCUCUCAGGCCAAAGGAACCGACGAGGCAGAAGGUGGUUGUGGUUGAAGCAGAGAAGGUUCAGAGGUUACCUGCAGUGCCUCUGACACAAAAGAAACCGUCAAAGGAGGAGGUCCCUCAAGUUUCUCCGCUGCCACCAGCGAGCUGGGUUAAAGAAACAGCUCCAAUGGUGAUCAAGGGAAUGCCAUCGGAAACCCCUGUAGCAAAGGCGGCGACGGCUGUCGGAGACAAGACGAUCAAAGAUCAAGAGAAGGCGAGACCCACGGAAGACAAGACGGAAAAGGUAUUCAUUCCUUCUUUAUCCUCAUCGCCAACAAAGGCCAAAGAACCGCAGGAGCCGGCCGAGAGCACGGCCCCUACCGACGUCUUCCUCUUCGACCCCAUCAUCACCUCCUCGGGCUUUGACUUCACAAAGAAGAUAGCGAAGAGGCAACUAUUGCUCAGCAGCAGCAGAGGCGGACAGGGGGGCAUCCCACUUACAAUGCUGGAAUAUGACUACAUCAACGAAGCGUACUCGGAGGAGAUACAGUCCAUCAGCGACAGGUUCAAAGUGGGCCUGACCCCGGAAAUCAUCCUGAAUGUCCAGCCCACGCAAGAUAAUAAGGAUCCCACGGCGGUGGAAGAGGCUCAGGAGUUGUUGAUCAGCCUGGUGGAAGAGGCAAUGCCGAACCUAGCGGAGAGCACCCUCUCCGUCUCGUUUGAGGAAACCCCCAUCGUGCAGAAAGCUCUACCGGAGAUACAGGCCAAGCACAAGAGGCUCGUGGCCAAGAAGCUCAAGGAGGGCUAUUCUCUGGUCGGCCCCGUGGAAGAGAUCAAGGACGCUCAAGAUGAACUCAUCAUGGCCUUGAAGAAGGCGGAAGAAAAGCCCUUGUUAGAGAUGGAGGGAACGUGCGAUUUGCUGGAGAAUGGCUUCGACAUUUACCACAAUUACUGGCAGAUUCUCUUACUCAAACACGAGGUGGAUUUGACCAACAUCUCGAUCCGUUACGACGUUGGCAUUAACGUGCAGGACAGCUCCAACAACGAAAUGAAGAAGGUCUCCAUCAAGCAGUCGACAGGCACCUACAAUAUGUUGUGGCAGGCCCACGAGGCCUUCAUCGACCUCUACCAGAGCGUGGCCACCAAUGUGGCCAGCAUGUCGUUGGAGAACAUGAAGGACCUGGAGUACAUGAAGAUGAUGGAGGAUGAGCUGACCCACAAGUACAAAGGCCUGCUUUUCCUGGAGAAACCCGACGAGUUUACCCUGGUAGGACCUUACAGCGACCUGGUCAAAGCAGUGAACGACGUCAACAAUUUACUCAACAGGAAGAUAUUCAAGGACAUACCCAACGUGGACAAGUAGAACCUCCCCAAACGUUCUCUGCGCCAAGGCACACGAUUAACUUUCCUUUCGCAUUUUUCUUCGGCCGGCUCUGCCCCCGUCAAUAUCCGUCGCACAUUGCAGAGGAAGAAGAAAGGUUCGACGAGGCAAAUCUCUUCUCUCUUUUUUUAAAAAUCUCAGUCCAGUUAUUAUUCUGCGAUCGAUCGAUUUCGUCGAUUAAAAUUAUAUUCAAAAAAAAAAAACCCCAGAACCAACUUGAAGGUGGUAUCAUCGGUUG